UCUUUCCCCUGUCCACCAACAAACAACACGUUCCGCGUCGCUACCAGCGUCUGGUCACUUCUGCCAUCAUCAAACCUCGCGGCUUUGCUUUGACCUUACUACACUCUUGCGCAACCGCGACCGACGAACCCUCUGCUCGACCCUGCCACCUGCGCGCGCUCGUGUUGUACGCCGCAGCCCAUAGACCAGUCCAAGCUCCCUGCCCAUCUCAUCCACCCGACAACGACCGCCGCCUCUAUUGCACCCAGCGCAUCUCCAGCCUUGACAGCCCUUUCCAUUAGCAGAGGUGGGACAAGGAAAGCAGCCUCGCGAUACCUGCUUCUGUCGCCGCAAUUCAUCCGCCUGUCCGACCAGGCUCCGCCGUAACCCCGCGUAACUCGCCGUGCCUGCUGGGACCCGUCGUGAGCCUGGUAUUCGAGAUUCGUCAGGCCGCAAAGGAGGCCCCGGCACCUCUGCCAUCGCGGCUUCAGCUCCACCGAAUACGAAGCAGACUGCCUCAUCGCCGACAUGGCCGACAAGGAAGAGGACUUUAGUUCCCUCCCGCUCCCAGAUCGCUUCACCCAUAAGCUUUGGAAAGUCAGGAAAGAGGCCUACGAGGAGGCAGCGAAACAGUUUUCCGUAUCACCGGACGAAUCCGACCCCUGCUUCCGACCUUUCCUCAACGAUCCAAAUCUGCUAAAGGCUGCGGUCUCAGACUCCAACGUCGCCGCGCAACAAGAAGGCAUCACCGCACUCUGCGCUUUUCUCAAGUAUGGCGGACGAGACUGCGCCCUGCGGACGCGCGGGUUGACCAUCACGCCGAUGGUCGAGAAGAGCCUGUCGUCCACCAGGGCAACCACCAAGCAAAACGCCCUCGAGGCCAUUCUGCUCUAUAUCGAGCUCGAUGCUGCCGCGCCAGUGCUCGAGGAUGUCAUGCCGGGCCUCUCAAACAAAGUACCAAAGAAUGUGGCAGCAACGCUCAACGCCCUAACGGCCAUCUUCCACAACUAUGGCUGCAAGAUCGUCGACCCGAAACCUGUACUCAAAGCGCUGCCUAAAGUUUUCGGUGCCGCCGACAAAAACGUUCGCGCUGAGGCGACUAGUCUCACCGUCGAAUUGUACCGAUGGUUGCGUGAGGCCAUGAAGCCCAUGUUUUGGGGAGAACUGAAGCCUACGCAGCAAACUGACCUUGAAUCACAGUUUGAAAAGAUCAAAGCAGAGCCCCCGCCGAAGCAAGAACGUCUUCUGCGGUCACAGCAGGCCGUUGCGGAGACUGCCGCCGGGGGCGAUGAGGAUGAUGGGGCUGUGGACGGAGAGGAGGCCGACGCAGGUGAAGAAAUGGACGCCUUCGCCCUUGCCGAGCCCGUCGACAUCACCAAGAAGAUACCCUCAAACUUCAGCGACAUGCUGGCGUCGUCGAAGUGGAAGGAUCGGAAGGAGGCGGUCGACGCGCUUGGCCAAGUCCUAAAUGUACCGCGCAUCAAAGACGGCGACUUCAACGAGGUGACAAGGGGCCUGGCGAAGUGCAUGAAGGACGCCAAUGUCGCAGUCGUCACUCAGGCAGCUCAGUGCAUUGAGAUGCUGGCCAAAGGGCUGCGACAGGCCUUCUCCAAGCAUCGCCCGACCGUCAUGCAACCCAUCAUGGAUCGUCUCAAGGAGAAGAAGCAGACAGUCGCUGAUGCCCUCGGCGCCGCUCUCGAUGCUGUCUUUUCGUCUACGAACUUGGCUGACUGUCUCGAGGACAUCAUCGCGUACCUCAGCAAUAAGAAUCCUCAGGUUAAGGAGGGAACGAUGAGAUUCCUGAUUCGAUGCCUGCGGACUACGCGAGACGUCCCAAGCAAGCCUGAAGUCGCAUCCAUCUGCGAGGCUGGCAAGAAACUGCUAUCUGAAUCGAGCCCCGCGCUGCGUGACGGUGGCGCGGAGAUCCUAGGAACGGUCAUGAAGAUUAUUGGAGAGCGCGCUAUGACGCCGUACCUCGAUGGCUUGGACGAUAUUCGGAAGACCAAGGUCAAGGAGUUCUUUGAGACUGCCGACGUCAAGGCCAAGGAGAAGCCCAAGCCCGCACCCGCCGCCAAGGUCCCGCCGCCCUCAGCUAAGAAGGCUCUCGGAGCGAAAAAACCAGUUGUGAAAAAGGCCUCACCGGCGACUGUUGCCCCUGUCGCAGAGUCGGCACCGUCGUCGCCGAGGCCCACGUGCAAGGUAGGCGCCCCAGGAAGCAAGCUAGGGCUGCCCAAGUCAUCGGGUCUUGGUGGGCUCAAGGCACCACAAAAGCGUACCCUUGCAGGCUCCGGGACGGCGUCUCCCAGAAGGGCCCCGAGCGGGCCGCCGGUCAUGCCUUCCGAUGAUGAGCCUGUCGCAGUACCUCCACAACCUCGCCUCGGGCCCUCUCGUGGGCUGGCUGGUCGAUCGCUGGCGAAGCCUGCGGCAGCUCCCCCGCAGAUGCCUGUAGAAUCGCAGUCGUCAUCCAGCGGCUUCACUGCUGUCGAACGGGCCGAGCUCGAGGAGCUCCGUGCUGCUAAUGAUCGUCUGACCAAGCAGAUUGACGAUUUGCGGCAGGAGCGAAGCAAGUUCCUGUCUGAGAUCCAAGAGCUCAAGAAUCAGAACGCUGGCCUUAUCGAGGACCACACCAGGGAUGUCUUGAGCAUCAAGGCCAAGGAAACCCAACUUGUACGCGCUCGGAGCGACGCUGAAGCCACCGAGCAGGUCAACGAACGACUGCGACGAGAGAUGGACCGUCUGAAGAAGGCGCUCAAUAACGCCGAAGGGCUGAACGCUGGCUCGGGAGUUGUCAGCCCGCGGGUCGCAUCCCCAGGCACGGAUGACGCGGGCAUUUUCCGAGAUCCCGGAUCAGCGGCUGUCAACCGUAAUCGAAUGAGCUUCGCAAGCACCAUGUCUGAGGAAAAGGAGAAUGGAGAGACGAUGCACCCGAGAACUAAGUUAAGCCCAGACCUGAGACACAACGGGAGCUCCGCGUCAUCAGGCCGAGGCUCGCCUGCCCGAAACUUUAGAAACAUGGCAGCGUAUCGGGACGACGUCAGCGACUCCGGGUCUGCGAUAACGAGGGAACGACCAGUCUCGUCUCUGCCCCAGCCCGCCGGCGGUGGCGGGGUUGAGAGUUGGAGGAGAGCCGCGGAGGUGACGAGUCAGCUUAAGGCCCGAAUUGAGCAGAUGAAGGCCAAACAGGGAUUCAGCCGGCCUUGAAUGAGUCAAGAGCGUGGUCAAGGAAAUGAUUUACUGUUACGUCCUAAUGGUCGCUAUGAUGCUACGAUGUGGGAGUCAUGCCGAUGAGGGUCUAAGUCACGCUGGAGGGUUGUGCAUUUUCAUGGCGUUGGAAUACAUACCCCUUUCCUCCAGGUGAUUGUUAGAGUAUGAACAUCAGUGGCGAAAGCACCAAUUCGCCCCGCGAGGUUCGACGUUGCGUGUAUGGUUGCCCACGAGAUUUUGUAGCUGGACGCUAAAGGUAUCUCCAGGGGUCUGUCACAUUGGAACAGGGUGAAUACUGCUACAGGGACGCCCUGCCCGACCUUUAGAAUCCAUAAAACAAGUCUUUGCUCAC